GGUAGGGGUAUUGGAGAGGGGAGGGAGGAAGAGAGGAUUAGGGGUUGUGAGUGAAGAGAGGGAUUAGAGGAGCAGGGAGGGCUUGGUAGGGGGUUUGAGGGUGGAGUUUGGGAAAGAUGGGUGGGAGAGUUAAGGGAAGAGUAGAUGAGGAUAUAGGUGUGGGGGAUAGGAGUCAGAUAUCUGGAAGGCUGAGUGUAAAUCGGAAAGUUCCAGUUGAUUUGAAAGAAUUUGAGGAAGAGAAAUCCAAAAGUUGUCCAAAGUCAAAAUUUGAAGAGAGAAAACUCCCAAAUAUCAUUGAUAAAAAUAGUUCUGAAGAAAAAGAAUUUUAACAAUAAAAAUAUCUGCUGACAAUCCAGCCAUCAAGAUCUUGAAAACAAUAACAGUGAUGCUGAAGCUCAAGGAGAUGAAUUUACUGCUCAUUUUAGGAGAAACCUGGGAAAUAUUCAAAUAAGGAAUGGAGCAAACAGUGUUGAACAUAGCCCAGUAAUAGAUCUAACAAUAAGACCGAGAAGAAACUCAAGAUGAGUAACUAGAAGAUUAGAGGAUGAGGAUUGGUCAGCAAUCAAUGUAGGAACAAUUAAAUCCAUCUGCGAUUUCAUUUACUUUAUCCCUGUUCUCAUUCUUUACCUCCUAAAUUCAGGAGAUGACUGCGGGACAGGUAUGAAAACUAUUAUACUUGUCGAAAUAAUUCUCAGGUUAUGAUUCUUCAAUUGUAUCAGACUUGUAUUACUAGCCUUGGCGAAGUAUUGGAGGCAUGCUUUCUAUGGUUAUGCUGUGUUUGCAAUACUCAAGUUCUUCUUAAUGCUCUUCUGGAAUUUAGUUCUAAUCAUACUGUUUUCAAUUUCUUCUGGUAAUUGAAAGAAAGAAUCAGUGAUGAUAUGGAUAGCCUCUUUGUUACUUUGUGUUUUAUCAACAAUAGAAAUCUUGUCAAGAAUUUGUUUUUUAGUUUUUACUCUAUUACUCUUGAAUUAUCUAUCACAUAAUAUAAGAAGAACCAGACCUAAGGUAAGAAAUAAAAAAUUUCUUCAGAGGCUUCCAAAAUUCAAACAGCUAAAAAUAAAUGAGUAUAAAGAAGAUAAAGAAUGCAUAAUAUGCCUCUGAAAAUUCGAUACUAAAUCCCCUCCAAUUUUCUUACCUUGAGGAAACAAUCAUAUGUUUCACCGUCCAUGUAUUAAAUCAUGGUUACGCAGAAAACCAAACUGUCCUAUCUGUAAAAGAGCUGUAACAAGACGAAACAUUAACAAUGCGUGAACAGUUUAA